GCGCCGGUGACCAGUGAGAUUGUGGCCCGUUACUCCAAGGCCGAGAUCAAAGACGAAGAGCUUGGAGAGGAACUGCAAAACAUCUUUGUAUCGCUGCAAAAGUGCCUAGCUAUCAGGAAGCGCUACAUGAUGAGCAGUCUACAAUGCGCGGGCGACAACCCCAAGGACACCGAGGAUUGGGAGAUCUACCCGCCUCCACCGGGCCCGAGCUACCCGCCGCAAAAGGACGCGUCUGGAAAGGAUAUCAGGCCUGGAACACCUAUUCCGCAUGAGUUUGAGUUUGAAAAUGUCAAAAUACCGGGGGCUGACGAGCGCGUGUUCAAACUCCGAGACGACGGCGUCUUCCAAGUCUACGACACCCCCACAGACGCCUCCCAAAGCAAGAACGGAAAAUGCACCUUCCCAACCAUCAAAGACUACUUCAUGGACAUGGACUUUGUCGUCGAGACAAUCUCCGACGGACCGACCAAGAGUUUCGCGUUCAGGCGGUUGAGGUACCUCGAGAGCAAGUUCCAUAUGUACGUGCUGCUUAAUGAGUAUCAGGAGAUUGCGGAUACGAAGCGUGUACCGCAUCGUGACUUUUACAACAUUCGGAAAGUCGAUACCCACGUGCAUCACUCCUCCUGCAUGAACUCUAAGCACUUGCUGCGGUUCAUCAAAUACAAGCUCAAGAAGUCCCCUGAUGACAUUGUGAUUUACCGUGACAACCAACACCUGACACUCAAGCAAGUCUUCGAGUCCCUGCACUUGACCGCGUACGACCUCAGUAUCGACACAUUGGACAUGCACGCACACAAAGACUCUUUCCACCGCUUCGAUAAGUUCAACUUGAAGUACAACCCAGUCGGUGAAUCCCGCCUGAGGGAGAUCUUCAUGAAGACGGAUAAUUUCAUCAAGGGACGGUACUUGGCUGAACUCACCAAGGAGGUGUUCUCCGACCUAGAAGCGAGCAAGUACCAAAUGGCCGAGUACCGCGUGUCAAUCUACGGGCGCUCAAAGGACGAGUGGGACAAGCUAGCCAAAUGGGUCGUCAACCACAAGCUGUUCUCCAACAACGUGCGGUGGUUGGUGCAGAUCCCCCGUCUGUACAACGUCUACAAAAAGUCGAAGCUGAUCGCUACGUUUGAGGAUGUCAUCCGCAACGUCUUCGAACCCCUCUUCGAAGUAACCCGUGACCCCACCUCUCACCCCGAACUCCACGUGUUCCUGCAACGCGUGAUCGGGUUCGACAGCGUGGACGACGAAAGCAAAAACGAGCGGCGCACGUACAAAAAGUACCCGUUCCCGCGCAACUGGGAUAUCAGCAUGAACCCGCCGUACUCCUACUAUAUAUAUUACAUGUAUGCGAAUAUGUCGACGUUGAAUUGGUGGAGGAAGGAGAGGGGGUUUAAUACGUUUGUGUUGCGACCGCAUGCGGGCGAGGCGGGGGAUACCGACCACUUGACAUCGGCGUUCCUGACCUCCCACAGUAUCAGUCACGGGAUCUUGUUGCGUAAAGUGCCUGCGCUGCAAUACCUGUACUACCUCGACCAAAUCGGUAUCGCCAUGUCGCCCCUCUCCAACAAUGCGCUCUUCCUCACCUACGAGCGCAACCCGUUCCUGCCCUUCUUCCAGCGCGGGUUGAACGUGUCGCUGUCGACGGACGAUCCGCUGCAGUUCCAUUUUACGAAGGAGCCGUUGAUUGAGGAGUAUAGUGUUGGGGCUCAGAUUUGGAAGUUUUCGUCGACGGACAUGUGCGAGAUUGCGCGAAACAGCUGUCUGCAGAGCGGGUGGGAGAUGAAGAUCAAGAAACAUUGGUUAGGGGACCGGUGCGAUUUCCACGGGCCUGCUGGGAACGGUAAGAGCUUUCACAUCAUCACCGCCAAAACCCAGGCCCACCAAUCACUCACCCGUACUCACCUGAUUCAUCCCCCAGACAUCCAAAAAACCAACGUCCCCAACAUCCGCCUCGCGUACCGCUACCAAACCCUCAUGGAAGAACGCUACAUGGUCCUCGGCUCGCAAUGGAAGUCCUCGGACUCGAUCAUCACCGAUUCGGCGCCGUCCACCGAACUGCAGGACACAUCCAUCGUGCUCAACGAACAGCUCAACGCGGUGGCCAAGGCGAAUUUGAAUCUACCUGUCACCCCGUUCGUGCCGGGGAGUCUGGACGGCGCCGAUGGGUACUCCCAUGGACCGAGGGAGACGGGUCUCCCACCGCCAUCAUCCGGCCCGCUGUCGGAAUCGUCGGUGCCCGUGAACGUAGCCCGUAAACAAUCACUCAACAGCAACCUCUCCCGCUCACCGGGCAAAGGCUCCUCAAGGGGGGCCCAAUUCACAUCCGCCCCAGAACCGCUCCUGAAUCUCGUGGCCGCCCACAGCCCGUUGAUGAGUCCCACGGCGGCGGCGGCGGGGUCGGCGUCGGGGUUGAAUCUGAGUUUGGGGUUGGGGGAGGGGAAUCAGGCGUUGGGGCUGCCGGUGAUUCCCGUUGGGGAGAAUGCGUUCCCCGGGGCGCAUCUGGCGGCGGAGAAGAUUAGAGGCAAGAAGAGUGGUGCGAGUGCGAGUGCGAGUGCGAGUGGAGGGGGAGUGCCGCCGUCUUCUUGAAUGGGCUUGUCCCUGCGUUUAUUUCUCUUUUCAUCUCUCCGGCGAACUCCUCAAAGGGUUCGUUCGUUCGUUCCGUAGACGGGCGCAAAAAGACGCCCCCCCAGCAUCUGAGUACUUGUACUAUGUACCUAUUCCUAUUUAUCU